GCCCGAUUCUACACAGGAAUCCUCCUAUUUCAGGUCUUUACAAGUUCAAAUCAUUCAUAGCGACCACCAUGGCAACUUCGAUUACAGCCCCUUCAUAUCAAGAACGUGCUGCUGAAAAGCGCGCAAAUCAACUCGCCCUCAUCCCACCCGAGUGGCGACUCUCCCAAGUCCCUUCGGGAGAAUCACACCCGGAUGCUCUAGCAUACAUUCGCCGCAUCCUCACACCGUCGGAACUCGCACUCACAGAAGAAACGGAUAUCACAGUUCUCCUUCGCAAGUUGUCUUCUGCGGAGCUGUCUUCACUAGAAUUGACCAGAGCGUUCGCUAAGCGCGCCGCAUUGGCUCACCAGCUGACGACAUGUUGUACGGAAAUUUUCUUCGAGGAGGCCUUUGUGACAGCGAAGGAGAUGGAUGAGUAUCUAGCGAAGACGGGGACGACCCUUGGACCUCUGCAUGGGUUACCUGUUUCGAUUAAGGAUUUGUUUUCGGUGAAGGGGGUGGAUACAUCGAUCGGAUGGGUGGGUUUAACAAACACCCCUGCUCCUGCAGAUAAAUCCGUGGCGCGAACACUACGACGUCUUGGAGCUGUGUUAUACGUAAAGACCAACUUGCCUCAGUCAAUGAUGAUGUCCGACUCUUAUAACCACGUCUUCGGGCAAUGCGUCAACCCGUUCAAUCGCAACUUGAUUUCUGGGGGAAGUUCUGGCGGCGAGUCAUCUCUCGUUGCGGCUAGGGGAAGUGCGCUUGGUAUCGGGACGGAUCUCGGCGGUUCGAUUCGGAUUCCUGCGAGUUUGUGUGGACUGUAUGGACUGUCGCCUACGCCGGGGCGGCAUCCGUACGAGCGUGGAAAUCCCGGUCAAGAUAUCGUUCGCUCGGUCGCAGGGCCCAUGAGUUGUAGUUUGGCUACUAUUGAGCGGUACAUGGAGGCCCUGCCUUGUGCAUCGCCAUGGGAACUCGAUCAUCAUACGGCUCCCGUCCCGUGGCGACGAAGCAUGGCCUCUCUUAAAGCAAAGAGACUCAGAAUAGGCUUCUUGGUCGAUGAUGGCGUGGUCAAGGUUCAACCCCCGAUUGCACGGGCAGUGCAGGAAGUCGUUGCUGCAUUGAAGGCAGCUGGUCAUGAAGUUUUCGAAUGGGACGCUUCAUCCCAUGGGUAUGCGUACCAACUCUGGGAAAAGGCCAUUCUCUCGGACGGCGGCGAGGGCUGCCGCAGGAAGAUUGAAAUGACUGGGGAGCCUUUGAUUGAGGGUAUGCUAGUUGGCACUGAGAAAGAUAUUCUAACUACAUCCGAGACUCAUCAACUUAAUGCCGACAAAUAUCUCUAUGAGAGUGAAUAUCUCGAUCGCUGGACAACUUCCGGCAUCGAUGCUCUCAUCAUGCCCAACACGCCUUGGGUCGGAUACAAGCCCUGGACGUGGGUCAAAUCCAGUGCCUAUGUGGGAUAUACCAGUAUCUGGAACUUGUUGGGGUAUGCUGCCUUGGCGGUUCCUGCUACGACUGUAUCUAGGGAAAAGGAUAUGUCCGACCAAGAAUGGUUGGAUCAUGUCCCACGUAAUGCGGGCGAUAAGUUUAAUAAAGAGCAGUAUGAUAUUGAUUUAGUUGAUGGAAUGCCCGUUGGAUUACAGAUUGUCGGCGGGCGCUUUGGGGAGGAGAAGUGUGUGUCUGUGGCAAAGGCGAUUGAGCAGGCUAUGCGAUGGAGAGAUGCAGCCCGGCCGAGCCUUUGAUAUAUUAUACCUACAACGAAC